CACUGUAGUUCCCUCUCCCUCCUCCAUGCUAUGCUUCUCAUGCACACAUUCUAUACAUUAUAUUAGGACAGCUUGGAAUUCUGCAAGUACUUCUUGAUCUUCCCCUCUCUCUCCCUCUUACACACACACACACAUACACACACGCUCCCUCCCUCCCUGCCUUUUAAUUCUCCUUGUGUUCUCUUCACUCACUCCCCCUCCCCUCCCCUGCCUGGGAGUGGAUAGUGAGGGGUCAGAGAGAUUUGGGAGGCGGGGACAAUCCCUUUUGGGUAAAAAAAAAAGAAAGACAAUCACGUGGAUAAGAUCAAAGGGAUGCCGCUUGGCAGAGAAGGGAGAGAGAGGGAGAAAAGAGAGAGGAGAGGGGGAAUAAGAGAGGAUCUCACAGCCAUGUAAGUGACAAAAGCGGCAAUGGGGACAUGAUAGGACUGCUCCAGAUGUGAUCCCCUCUCCCCGAAGCGGGGAUCUACUGACUGGGACCAUCCCCGAGAUUCUGGGAUCUGUUUACUCGUUUGCUACAAUCGCUUGGAGGUUCUGCUUUGGAUUUGGGGGGGUGGGUGGCAUUUGCAUUUCUAUCUGAGGUUGUGCCUGCAAGAUCUAAAGAGAGCAGAUCUCCUAACCCACUGGAUCGUAUUGGAUCGGCUCAAGCCCCCAGCACCCCUGAGAACUUGGAAAUUAUGUUCCCGUCGCUACUGGAUCCCCAUCCUGAGAGAUGAAGCAGCCGAAGAUCCAGGGAGGUCUGCCCCUGGUUUGGCUGGGGAUCUUGUUGGCUGUGGGUCCCAGUGGAUCCUUGAGCAAGGAGACUGCAUUUGUGGAAGUGGUUCUUUUCGAGUCCAGUCCAAAUGGAGAUUACAAAACCCACACUACAGAGUUACAGGGCAGAUUCUCCCGAGCUGGAGCCACAAUCAGCGCCGAGGGGGAGAUCGUGCAGAUGCAUCCGCUGGGACUGUGCAACAACAAUGAUGAGGAAGAUUUGUAUGAGUACGGUUGGGUUGGAGUCGUGAAACUGGAACAACCUGAGAUGGACCCUAAACCAUGUCUUACUGUUUUGGGAAAGGCAAAAAGGGCGGUGCAGAGAGGAGCCACAGCGGUCAUAUUUGAUGUCUCUGACAACCCCGAUGCAGUUGAACAGCUGAAUCAGGGUUUGGAAGACCCACUGAAGAGGCCAGUUGUCUACAUGAAGGGCAUGGAUGCCAUAAAGCUUAUGAAUAUUGUUAACAAACAGAAAGGCGCACGUGCAAGAAUUCAACACAGACCGCCUCGGCAACCUGCGGAGUAUUUUGACAUGGGGAUCUUCUUGGCCUUUUUCGUGGUGGUGUCACUUGUUUGUCUUAUUCUGCUUAUCAAGAUCAAAUUAAAACAGAGAAGAAGCCAGAACUCAAUGAACAGAAUGGCUGUACAGGCUUUAGAGAAAAUGGAAACCCGGAAGUAUAAGGCCAAAGGCAAAGGGGUGCGGGAGGGGAGUGGUGGGGGACUUGACUCUCCCAGUAGUAGCUCCACCUCGGACUGUGCCAUAUGCCUAGAAAAAUACAUUGACGGAGAGGAGCUGAGAGUCAUUCCCUGCACACAUCGAUUUCAUAAGAGGUGUGUGGAUCCAUGGCUUUUACAGAACCAUACCUGCCCGCACUGUAGACAUAACAUUAUUGAGCAAAAGAAAGGCGGGCACGGGUCUGUCUGCGUGGAAAGUUCCACUAGUCGUGGCCAUCAGCAACAGCAACAAAGAGUCAUCCUACCAGUCCAUUACCCUGGAAGGGUACAACGGUCUGGACCUAUUGCAGCCUACCCUACCCGCACAAGUAUGGGUCCACAUGGUAAUCCUAUCACGGUACUGACUGUAGAAAGACCUGUGGAGCCUGACUUAUACCCAGCUCACACCCCUGCAUUUUUGGCAGGAUACAGACCUGUUUCACUGGACCACUCAUCUUCUGGACAUCACUGUGACCUGGAACACCCUCCUUAUCCAGUUCCUCCACCUGGUCAUGCCUUCCGCCGCACCAAGUAUAAUGGGCGCGGCUUUAACACUGGCACUUGCUAUUCUCAGUAUGAAACUAUGUACCAGCACUACUAUUUCCAGGGUCUGAGCUAUCCUCAUCAGCAGGAAACAUCUGGGAACCAGACCUCUAGAGGAAUGGAAAAAGGCCUUACACAUCCCUUUCAAGGUACUAAUUUGCUAUAUCAACCUGCCCCAGCCAUGAUGCAUAUGGCACCUUCUUCUGCUGGAGGGAGCUGCUACCUUCAUGCUCAACACCAACAUCGCUCGGUAUGCAGUGGAUAUUUAGCUGAUGUUCCUUGCAGUGAUACCAGUUCCAGCACCAGCUCCACCCAGGGACAUGGAUCCUCCAGCGACUCCAUACUGGACUGCACUGAGGCUAGCAACCAGGGUGUCUAUGGCAGCUGCUCCACUUUCCGUAGCUCUCUGAGCAGUGACUUUGAUCCGUAUGUGUACAGGAGUCGCAGCCCAGCUAGGACUGGAGGAGGGGAAACUACAGGAAGUGUUGGGGAAGCUGGUGUUGGACCAGGGAGAGGGAGGUUGGACUGUAGACUUCAUCAGACUUUUCCAAAUUCCUCCUCUCAGGAUCGUCUUUCCAGCUGCAGUCUGGAGAUGAAUUACAGCAGCAAUUCAUCACUGGAGCGCCGGGGGGCAGCUUUGGCAUCUGGGUUAAUGUCAGAUGCCCCAGUCUCUAUGUCCCAAGGAAGUGGAAGAGACUGGCGGAGCCCAGAGAAUGGUUGUCCUUGUUACUUUCAGAGGACAGCUGGAGAACCCAGCUCAGACUGCUCAACUAUGUAUCUGGGUCCAGAGCCUCCCCAACCAGGUGGGCCAACUUCCACUGGGGGCUUGUACAGUGUUACCUCCAGCCUUUUGCAUCGGACAGACCAAGGGACAGGUUUGGGCCAUUCUUCCCGGCCCUGCUGCCUUUAUGAGGAGAGCAAUGGGAGCUGCUAUACUGAGGACUAUGCAGUCAGCAUUCAGUAUGCCCUGGCAGAAGCUGCUGCUACCGCAGCUGCAGCUGCAGUGGCUGGAUGUGAGGCCAGCCAGCCAAUCCCCAUCAUUCCUGAGGAUCCAGGCAGUGAGGGGGGCUUGGACCAUGAACGGCAUGUCUCCUUAAAGAUGCAGGAUGAAGAGGAUGAGGAGGAAAUACUAUACUGCCAAGAUGGACCUUGCUGUGCGUUAGUAGACGAAACAUAUGCUCUUUGUCACAGUGUAAGGGAAGAAGAAGCUGAGAAUCUCACAGGUCAGGACUUCCAAUCAACAGACAGAGACUGAGCACUAAAGACAACUUUCCAGGUCUUUUAACGAACUCUGGGAAAUAUUGUAUGAACUUUUGUUAAAGGAAAAAAAAAUCACACGUUAAAGUUUUUUUUUUUUUGUAAAUCUAUCUUUUUAUCAUAAUGUAAGUUGGAUGGAAAGCUCACAGCGAUCUGGAAUCCAUCACUUGCUACAACCACUUUUAUCUGUUCUAUUCCCUGGACUCGGCAAUUGGAGAAUGUGUUAUUGUUUAGUUUUAUUUUUUAUCAUUUAUUUUAUAAAUAUAUAUAUAUAAAUAUAAAUAUAUAUAUUAUAUUGGUUGCUGUUUUAGAACCUUUUUCCUUGUGAGUUUGUACAUGCAAAAGAACUGUCUUUCCUGAUGAAAAAGAGAUAUAUUUUUUCAAUAAAAUAAACAAGAAAAUAUUAUUAUUAUUUUUAUCUGAUGGCUUUUAAGCCAGGCAAAACAAAAAAAAAAAAAAAAAAAAAAAGAAAAUUAAUAAUUGGGAUUUAUCCUUUUUUUCUGCCUCUUUAAAUGACUUAAUAAAUAAUGUGUUUAUUUAAAUAUUGUUCUGCUAAAUAGAUUUCUAAUUUUUAUUCUGUAUAGGUUCAGUUUAUCAUAUUUAUAAUGCAUUAAUUUUAAUGACCAUAAGCUAAAACCACUUUUAUAAAAUACCUAAAUCAUUUACUUUUCAUGAAUGUAUUUGUACACAUCAUAGUUUUUUUUAUGCUGUUUUUUUUUAAUAUUAUUCAUAUGUCUAAACUUAUACAUUAUACAUGUUGGGUAAAUGCACAAUAUGCACAUGUGUAAUAUAGAAUCUAUUAAAUUGAAAACUAAUUGAA